AUGGCAGAUGCAAACGACAUUAUUCGUCCGGAUUCGGCUGAAGAUUGUCUUGUGCUGUUGGAGGAGCUCAUCCGUACCAACCGUAAUCUUGCGGCAGAAAACGAGAAGCUACGGCAAGAGCACGAGAAAUCAAGCAAAAGUCAGGCAGAAAUUCUGCAGAGGAUUGAGAAUAGGUUGCAUGAGAGAGAAUUUAUUCCUCGCGGAGGACGGCGCUCCAACCCACGACGUAGGAGCGCAAGAAAUUCAACUGCCGUUUCUGCGGCAUGCAGGGUAAGCUUAAUUAUUAAAAGGAACGCACAUUUAAAAGAAAAAUAUAAAAGAUCUACUAUACAUCGACAUAAAAGGCAUUGUGUAAAGGUGCUGGACUGUGAAGAUUAGAAAAUGAGGCCGUGGCCCGUACAUUAAUUCGUUUAAAUGGUUUUGGUGCGCGCGCAAACUCCUGCAAAAAUUAUUCUCGUUUAAAUAGAUAAUUAUGACAGGGGAGAACAUCAUUUUACUUCUAUUUCACGAUCACUGCGAGUGGAUGUUGGCAAAAACAGACCGAUUAAAAUGCGAAGAAGUAAUUAUUCAUUGCUACGGGGCUGCCUCAAAUACGUAAUCCAUUUGUGUAAUAAUUGGACCAUUAGAAAAGUUACGGGGUAGGGGGGAGGUUGGGCAAAAGCAAAACAAAGUUUUCCCAGUAAAUUAAAACUCAAGAAAAAAUAGACCCACGCAGUAUCACCAAACAACAACAAAAAAACACAACAGACAUUGAAGAUUUCCAUCUUAAGUGUACAGAAAAAAAGUAUUAAAUCUGCUAAACUUCCCUGCCCCCCCCCAUCAUUUCUCUAAUGGACCCUACCAAAAAACAUAAAACAGUGACCUGUACCUGUGGUCUGUGGAAUGUGACCUGUACUCAAGACCCGCCUGACUCACUGGGACCUAAAAAAGGUGCCUAAAGGUGUGUUAGGCACCCUUUUCAGGUCCCAGUGAGUCAGGCAGGUCUUAAGUACAGGUGACAUUCCACUGGUCACAGGUACAGGUCACUGUUUUAUUGAUUGCUAACUAAGCCAAACAGUUUCUCCUGAAUCUAAAAGAAAAUGUAUGCAUGUGCUUACUAGUAAACUUACUCUAUUUUUUAAACAGCUGCUCUGCAAAGAUAUUUUCUGUCCCUAUAUGAGACCAGAAGACUUAAAAGUAGUUCAAAGUAUGAAGAGCAUAAAAGGGUGACGCGCAAGAGUGGCCGCCAAAGAGAGGUAAUUAUGUAUUAAUUACAGACCAAAAAAUCAAGAUAAUAGUAAUAGUAACUUAAUAACUUCUAGAGCACUAUUUACAUUCAAAGAUCAACAGUGCUUUACAACUUAAAUACUACAGUAAAAUUCACAUUUGUAAAACUAAUUACAUGUAUAUUAAUAAAAUAGAAUAUUUAUAAUAACAAUAAUUAACUUAAUAAGUAAUACUAAUAAGAGUGAAUAUCAAACAGGAUAUGUGUUAAAAGCUACAUGAAAUAAAUAAGUUUUCGGCUAACAUUUAAAAAUAGCUUAUGACUGAAUAUCACUUAAUUCAGCCGGCAAACUAUUCCAUAAGUAUGGAGCAGCAGCAGAGAAAGAACUAUAUCACCAAACUAAUGUGAAAAGCAUUUUCCCUUUAGGAGGGUCUAACAAUAAACUUUGAUAUGAGCCAAGAUUAUAUAUAAAUAUAGAUCUGGGCUUAAUGUUAAUUAAUUCUAUGACAUACUUGGGUGCCAAUCCAUGAAUAGCUUUAAAUGUUAAAAUUAAGAUCUUAAAAUGAAUACCUAUGUUGUACUGGGAACCAAUGAACUUCAUAAAGCACUGGAAAAAUAUGCGAGUACUUUCUUAAUAAUAAUCCUCUUUUGUUUAACUAUUACAGAAUGCAGUCUCUUGUUUGCUUUUUGAUACACACCAUUGGAAAUUGCCCUUAGAUUAAAAAGAUAAAUGAUUGUCUUCUAUGUAUGGGCUGAAUAAUGUGAUACUAAUUAGAUAAAUACUAUAUAUAACUCAAGUGAAAGUGCCUUGUGAACCAUGUACAAUUCAGUGUUGCAUUGCCUACAAGUGGUAAUAAAUUCUGGCACAUUGAUCACGUACUCAAUCAUACUUUAAUUCUUUUUUAUGUUCAGAAGUUAACAAGGCGAACAUCUGCUCUUGAGCUGGUCAAGUGGACAGAUCACCAUGAAAAGGGAAGGGCAGCAGAGGUCCUCGUCAUGGAUGCCAUGAGUAGUGAGGACAGCUGCUAUGAAGAUGAUGAAAAUGGCAAUGCUAAGGUUGCCAAGUAUGCAGUAAGGAAACUCCCUUGGGAAAGUAGGGCAAUGAAAAAAGUUAAGAAAAAACUGGAUAAAGCAUACAGGAAGAGGCUAUCCAAGAGGGCAAAGGAAAGGAUUGUGGACAGAAUAGAAGCAGAGGAACUGUCAGAACGUCAGCCUCCAAAUGAAUUUCCUGAGUGGGCCCUAAAUGAUAUAGAAAGCUAA